AUGGAUCCGAGUCAAUCUGACCGCACCAACAUCAUGUUGAAUAUCAACGAUGCAAAUAACAGAAUACCAACUUUGAGAGACAUCGAAAAACCUAAUGAAAAGAAAACACAAACAGAAGACAAAAUGAAAAUGAAAUUUGACACCAAAAAAUCUAAAUACUUACUAUAUGACAAUUUUAGCUACCGGGAAGAUCUCUGUAGAAGAACUCUUUUAAAGAGAGAAUAUAGCAUUUAUAACUACUGUUUUUUCAGUGUCAUAAUUAGUUUUGGUUUUGGACUUGUGAUAGGAGUAGCACUUAUGAGCUCAACACAAAAAGUCACUCCAAAUUUCGCACCUACAAAACUAGUGAGAAUAAAUAGUAGCAGAGAAAUUAUCACGCGUAACUUAAACUCUUUAAAAACAGAAAAGACUGAUAAUGAUAUUGAUUUAACUAUCAAAACAAAAGAGGAUAAAUUUAAAUCAGUAUCGUUUACUGGGGCCGAAUCUCAUAAGUAUAGAAAAGAUGUAUAUCCCAAAGGAUUGACGGAAGACAUGAAAGAUAUACUAAAAGAUAAUAAGGUUAAUCAUCAUACGCAUUCUAUUACGAAUGUUGUGAAUAAAACAAAUUUUGUUCCUAAUGACAAAACUGUGCUUUAUGAUAAUGUUUAUUGGGGUCCUGAGGUAGAAGACUAUAUGCCUCAAGGUUACGGUGAGAAUUCAGCUGAUGUUUGGGAAAGCUACGUAGAACAGAGCGAAGUAGUGAAAAUGGAUCCAGGUUGCGGACGAAUGCAGAACAGAUUAGUGACAUUCAAAGAUGGUAUACAAGCUUGCGUCCGGUACCGACAGAACACGGACCAGAUCCAAGGGGAAAUCUUCAGCUUUUACGUGGGAAAGUUGUUGAAUUUGACGAACCUAGCGCCAUCUGUUGUCAAAGUGGUGGACUUAAAGGAGAAGCUGUGGAGGAAUGUCGCCGCCGACAUUGGGACGGCCCAGUGGAACACAAACAGAGCAGUGGUGCUUACACAAUACAUACCAAGUUUAGAAUCUGCAACAAUACCCGAUAUAUUCAAACCUUCCACCAGACAUUUGAAUAAGAAUGACGUUCUAGAAAUGUCUUUGAAGGAAAACGAUACUACUGAAGCAUCUAAGCAACUUCUCAUACAGAAAUUGAAAGCAAAGCCUUCUAAAACGUUUACAGAUAAAGUUGAAAACUUCGACCAUAUCGAUAUGAAGUUGAAUAGAAAAACCAUCGACUCUUUCGUCGAACUCGCCCAGUGGUCCGAUCUCAUUAUAUUCGAUUAUUUGACGGCCAAUUUGGAUAGGAUUGUCAAUAACCUAUUCAAUUAUCAGUGGAACAUUAAUAUAAUGGAUGGCCCCGCGCAUAAUUUAGCCAGGAAGAUGGAUAGUGGACUGCUUUUGUUUCUUGAUAACGAGUCUGGGUUACUACACGGCUAUAGGCUGUUGAAGAAAUACAAUGUUUACCAUAGUGUUAUGUUGGACAAUCUUUGCGUCUUCAGAAAGAAAACUGUUGACUCACUAAGAUAUCUGUAUGAGAAUUCUGUUGGUGUUAAGCUAAGUGACAUGUUUCAUAAGAAAAAUAGUGCGGUUAUAAGGGACAUACUGCCUCCAUUACCGGAGAAGAACUCAAAGAUUCUACAUGAAAGAAUAGGUAAAGUUUUGACUCAAAUCGACAAAUGUGCAGAGAUUUUCAGAUAG